GAAAAGGGGAAGUUGUAUAAAUAGAGGAUUAGAAGAAGGUAGGCAUAUCAAAAGCUUAAGCAACUAAGAAUUUAAAGAAAAGAGAGAGAAAUGGAGGGGUUGAGGUUGAAGAUGAAGAUGAAGAUGAAGAUGAAGAGAGAUGUGUUUGUUGUGAUUGUGGCUGCUGUAGCUUUAAUGGCGGAGAAGGGUUUGGCAGAUCAAAGACAUGUGGUUGGGGGAAGCCAAGGUUGGCAAGAAUCUGUUGAUUUCGAUUCUUGGGCUUCUGCUCAGACCUUCAAAGUUGGCGAUCAAAUUGUUUUCAAGUACGAUUCGGGGCUGCACAGUGUGGUAGAGCUUCCUGAUGAGAGUUCAUAUAAGAAGUGCGACAUUGGGAAUUCAGUGGAAACGAAGAGUAGUGGGAACGAUGCGAUCAAAUUGACCAAAUCGGGGACUCGAUACUUCGCUUGCGGCACCAUCGGCCAUUGCAGCCAAGGAAUGAAGGUCAAGAUCCACAUUGCCACCGGCACUGCUUCCUCUACUCCAUCCCCACCUUCUUCUUCUUCCUCUUCUUCUUCUUCUUCUCAUUCACAUCAUUCUCUUUUCGGUUUCUUCCUUAUGCUGCUGCCUUUCUACGCCUUGAGAUUCAUCUGAAUUUUUAAUUCAUUAAUUAGUAUGCUUUUGAGUUGUAUUCUUUUUCUGUUAAUUCGUUUUAGAUUUGGGUUUUCAUGAGUUUUUUGUUUGGGAAUUGAAAUGGCUAAGUUUAUGUUGGUAUAUUAUUAGUAUGAAUGAGAAGGAGAUAAUACUGUGGAGUAUCAUUUAUUAGUAUGAAUGAGUUUUUGGUUUUG